AUGACACAACACCGCUUCCUUCUCGUCACAUUCCCUGCUCAAGGCCACAUCAAUCCUUCCUUGCAAUUUGUCAAGCGUCUCAUCAGAACCACCGACGCUGACAUGACGUUUGUCACAGCCCUAUCUGCCCACCGCCGCAUAGCCAAUGGCUCAAGUAUGCCUCGUGGCCUGACCUUUGCUCCCUUCUCUGACGGCUAUGACGACGGGUUUAAGCCCGGGGAUAUUGACAUACAUCACUACAUGUCCGAAUUAAGGCGCCGUGGCUCGCAAGCAAUCACAGAUAUCGUGAUGUCCAGUGCUAAUGAGGGACGCCCUUACACUUGCAUAGUGUACACCAUAUUACUCUCUUGGGUGGCGAAAGUGGCGAGUGAACUUCAACUCCCGGCUGCGCUCGUAUGGAUUCAGCCCGCCACAGUGUUCGACAUAUACUUCUAUUACUUCAACGGCUACAAAAAUCUCAUUAGAAACAGUGCUAUGACUAACAAUUGUGAUCCUUGCCAUGGAGUACAAUUACCGGGACUGCCACUAUCGCUGAAGAGCCGCGACCUUCCCUCCUUCAUGGUGGAUUCCAAUUCGAAUCCGUACGAUUUUGCUUUGCCAUUGUUUGAAGAACAGUUCGAGCAACUAGGAAAAGAAAGCAAGCCAACCAUCCUAGUGAACACGUUCGAUGCACUGGAGCCGGAGGCCUUGAAAGCAAUUGAAAAGUACAACUUGAUCGGAAUCGGUCCUUUAAUACCCUCUUUUUUCUUGGACGGCAAGGAUCCAUCUGAUGAAUCAUUCGGAGGCGAUUUAUUUGAUAAAUCAAAGGACUCAGCGUACCUUGCAUGGCUGAACUCAAAGCCAAAAGAGUCUGUGGUAUACGUCUCCUUUGGGAGCAUUUCCGUGCUGUCCAAGAUUCAAAUGGAGGAAAUUGCAAAAGGGUUGUUGAUAUCGGGUCGUCCGUUUUUGUGGGUGAUUAGAGAAAACCAGAAGAACGGAGAGAAAGAAGAAGACAAAGUGAGUUGCAGAGAGGAACUAGAGGAGCUUGGGAUGAUAGUGCCGUGGUGUAGUCAAGUGGAGGUUCUAUCAAAUCCUUCAUUGGGUUGUUUUGUGACACAUUGCGGCUGGAAUUCAACCUUGGAGAGUUUGGUUUCUGGGGUGCCGGUGGUGGCGUUUCCACAGUGGACAGACCAAGGGACAAAUGCCAAGCUGAUAGAGGACACUUGGAAGACAGGAGUGAGGGUGGAACCGAAUGAGGAGGGUGUUGUUGUGGGUGAGGAAAUUAAGAGGUGUUUGGAUUUGGUGAUGGAAAGUGAUAAGAUGAGGAUGAAUGCUAAGAAAUGGAAGGAUCUGGCAAGAGAGGCUGUGAGUGAAGGUGGCUCUUCUGGCAAGAAUAUGAAGGUGUUUCUGGAUCAGAUUGGAGAUGGUUCUUUUCUAGCCUAG